AUGGAGGCUCCAGAUGCUCCGAAUGGGCCGGGAGAUUCGACGCGGGUGAGAGAACCAGUGGGGGGGAUAAGCGCUGGCGGAACCCCCGAAAUGGGCGGAACUCCCUCGACAGGCGCGUCUGCCGCAGUGGGCGCGCGCAGGCGCCAUCUAGAGCAGGUGCUGCGCGCCGAGCUGCCGUGGAUGGGGGGAGCACUAGACCCCCUGGUGGUGCGGAUCAUGCGCGAAGUGGUGGAGAUAGAGGAGGGGAUGCGUGCGGGGGAGGGAGGGGGCCGGGCGGAAGAGGGUGCUUUACAGGCGUCUCAAGGGAUCAUGCGCGAAGUGGUGGAGAUUGAAGAGGGGAUGAGAGAGGGCGAGGGCGUGAGGGAGGAAGGGGGAAGAGUGGAAGGGAGAGGAGCGGAGGAAGUGAAGGGGGGAGAAGGGCGAGGAGAGGAAGGGGGGGUUGAGCGGGAGAGGAGGGAAGGCGAGCGGGGGGAGAGUGGAGGGCCGGGGGAAGAGGGACUGCGUAGGGACGAUGGGAAAGACGAGGAGGAUGCAGCAGAGGAUGAGGACGACGGUUACUUAGACGAGAGCCCAGGAGCGGAGGCCUUAGAGGCGUGGUUCCGCGUGGCUUACCUGAGCCGCGAGAGGAAGCGGGCGGACGGGGAGGGCUGCUUGCGCGCCUUUGCUGCUCGGCAGAUGGCGGUGAAGCUGAUUACUGCUUAUAGAGGGGCGUGCAGACAGCCCAUGGCGGGCGGGGAGGGUUUUUUGCGUGCCUUUGCUGCUCGGCAGAUGGUUGUGAAGCUCAUCACAGCGUAUAGAGGGGCGUGCAGAGAGGUGAGUGGGUGUGGAUGGGUUGGGGGGGUGUGCUGUGCGGUGCGAGAAGUUGCCGUCUCAUGGGCAGACGGGGGAGAGCUGUUUGCACGCCUGUUAAGAGGUGUCGCCCAGCCCAACCCCUCACAACCCAUCAGGUGUCGUUUUCAGACUCCACCCGCCAUCCUCCCUCCUGGCAGUGCUGAUUAUGACGGUCCGGUUCCAGCCCAUGAGGUGUCUUAUGGAUUGCACCGACCGGCACCGUUCUUUUUUAUCCACCCCUCCCUCCGUGGCGGCAGUGCUGGUUACCACGACGGGACUGCACGUGUGACGAGGCUUACAACCCAGCCUCUUACCCUGAGACUCUUCCUCAUCUCCCUCUUCCCCCCACCAAACCACCCUGCUCCCGGCAGUGCUGGUUACCACGAGGGGACUGCACGACAUUCUGCGUCGCAACAACACGGGCAAGCUGCUGUGGCAGGUGCUGGGGGUGAGCACCCCACUAUCCCUCCUUGCUCAUCUUUCUUUGACUCCCUUCCCGCCCCCCAUUCCUCUCCUCCUCGCACCUUCAGGACUAACUGCGCCGCAACAACACGGGCAAGCUGCUGUGGCAGGCAGGUGGUGGGUGCGCCACACCCCUGUAUCCCACACAACCGCACUGUUUGCACACCCCUCUAUAACCCCAUGCUCACAGGACUAACUGCGCCGCAACAACACGGGCAAGCUGUUGUGGCAGGCAGGUGCUGGGUGCGCCACACCCCUUUUUCCCAUUCAACCAUACUGCACUGCUUCCUCCUUUCUCGUCACCCACCCCUCCUCCCAUGCUCUCAGGACUUUCUGCGCCGCAACAACACGGGCAAGCUGCUGUGGCAGGUGCUGGGUGGCGAGAGUGCGCGGCUGUGUGUGUUUGGCAUCAACGCACAUGAGGAGCGAAUGUGGGAUGAGCUGAAGCAAGCAGGUGCUGGGGGCGAGAAAGAGAGUGCUCGGCUGUGUGUGUUUGGCAUCAACUCUCAUGAGGAGUGCAUGUUGGCUGAACUGCAGCGAGCAGGUGAGUGUGAUGGUCUGAUGCAGGGGUUUGGAGGAGGGCCUUGGAACAGGCCAUUACUGCCCGGCUUAAGGUGCGUGGCGUAUGUGGUGCUGGCCUCGUUUAGAGUUGCAAGUGCUGUGGAAGCAGGGGAAGUCGGGGGAGGGGGGGAGGGGGGCAGAAUGGGGUUGGAGAGGAGGUUGAGUGUGUUGGGCGGCACGUGGAGCAACUCCAAGGCCAUGACCGCGCAGCUCAAGGGGUGUGCAGGGGGGCUGCUUCACUUCAUUCUGAUUGAUGGCACGUGGAGUAACUCCAAGGCCAUGACUGCCAGACUCAAGGUGCGUGGCAUAUGUGGUGCUGUGGAAAAGGGGUGUGCAGGGGGGCUGCUUCACUUCAUUCUCAUCGACGGCACGUGGAGCAACUCCAAGGCCAUGACUGCGCGGCUCAAGGAAGCAGCACACAGAGCAUGGGAUGGGAGGGACUUGCCGUUCCUGUCGUUGCAACCGCCACAGCCAUCAGUCAUGCACGGUCUCAGGCCUCAACCAGCAGAAGACAAGACGUGCACAGCAGCAGCCGCAUCGAGCCUUUUGCGUGAGCUCAGCGAAAGGGAGGAGAUGGAUAAGGAGCAGUUAUCAAAAGCAGCAGAUGCCAUCGACAAUGCGUUGCUGUGUCUGCUUGACGCUCUCACGGACCGAAGGAGGAGCUCCUCUGCAAAACCUUCAGCUUAUGACGCGUAG